UUUAUCCCCCUGCUUUUAAAACCCCCUCCUGUAAACGAGCAGAGCCAUCGCAGUUAACUUGGUCUCCUCUACCCCUUCCCCCCACCAGCUGAGGGCACUUCCUGAUUCCCUGACUCUUUUUAAUUUGCCUAUCUAUUUUAUUUAACUGCCUACUGAUCCUUUGCUGUAGAGGUAGACAAUGUAAACCGUGUGGGAAAUCCGCGAUCAACACAAUUGAUAGCAUAGGACGGUAUGUCGUUAGUUGUUUUACCAGUAGCCUUCAUGUCGGUACCAAGCCCUUUAAAUAAAUUCUCCUUUGCUUUAACAUGUCUUUGUUUAGAACCGCCAGGAAACGAGUUUGAUGGUGGAGCAAAACCUCAUAAGUGCAGUCACUGUAGAAUGAAACACGUGUGCGCGCCCCACAUCGGCCAAAGCCUGAAAGUGCAAGUAUGUGAUCACUUGGUUUAAGUGCCCUUAUGCAGUGUAUUUUAAUUAGUCUGUCUUUUCACCUACAGGAAGCAAGAUAAUGAGCGUUUCGGAAUAGGAAAAAUACAGCGUUGUGUCGGGGAUCUCAGGAUAUAUUUUGAAUAUUUACAAUAUAUUUUAGAACAGCAAGUAAUAUGUAUAUUACUAUACACCUAUAUAAUGUAUGUAUACAGCAUGUAUAUAUAAAUAUAAACCCAUACAUAUUUAAUCAAUAUGCCCUCCUGGUGCAUGCGUGCUAUUUAAUUCUGUGAGGCUCUACGGUGCAUACUCGACCUGUCUCUCGUUGGGUUUGCACCAUAGGUUUACAUUUACGUUGCAACAAUGUUGCAAUGGUAUAUCGAUGACUAGCGUCGUUGUCAGGGCCAAUCUUACAAAACACUGCAUUGUUGAUCGAAUGCCUGCAUGGACGUGGUAUAUUUCCAUCGCAUAUAGUGCUGUAGCUGUUGAGGAAGAUUGACAUGGUUUGAGUUUGCGAUGGAUUAGGGAAUGGUCAAAAUCAACGCCACGCGUUGGCUCCACGCAUGCUCAGUAGUACACACAGAAUGCUCGGAUCAGUUCAACAAUUUUCAAUAUUACUACCUUUAAAAAAGGCACUGCUUCGCCUUGUAGGGCUCGCUUUAUCUGCGGGAUUAUUUUCGGAGCUUUAGCAAUCACCACGUAUCGAUUUGUCAACAUCUCGUCAUUUUUAAAUAUAUCAAAUUUGUUAUUAACAAUAAGUUAUACUCUCGCAAAGUUUGGCCACACCUAGAUCCUGUCCUAUUUUCACAAAAAAAGCAGGCUUUUCUUCUAGUGCAUUUGUUUGUGUGCUGGUGGGUACCCGGCUGUGUAACUUGAUCGGGAGCUCGGGGAAGGAAUAGGGGAAUGUAGAACUGCAAUGGAGCAGAAUACAAUACAGUGGUUGCGCUCGCCCUCCUGUCAGCGGGGAAGUUAUUCCUUCUAUAAAUCUGUGAGCUGCAGGGCCCAUCCCGACGGGCCCCUCCAGGUGUGGCGGCUCGGAGAGUUCUACUACGUCCGCCGUGGCCCCCAGGAGCCUGUGUGCAUCGCUGAGGUAACACUGCUGUGGGAGGAGCAGGGACAGCACCCCCUGCUGGCCAGCUCCAGACUGUACUUCCUCCCUGAGGACACUCCUAAGGGAAGGACAAGACAGCAUGGGGAGGACGAGGUGCUGGCCGUGUGUAGGAGGAUAGUUGUCCCGGUGGAGGACCUUAUGCGCUGGGCGUGUCCUGAGCCCGUGGCGUGGCAGAACCAGAAGAGGCCCUGUAGCAGUAGCCCAACACCGGACCUCCCCCUGGAGAACCCGGGCAGCGGAACCACAGAAGAACCGACCGGCCAGUCGCUAGACCAGGGCAGCGGAACCACAGAAGAACCGACCGGCCAGUCGCUAGACCAGGGCAGCGGAACCGUAGCAGAACUCACCAGUGGUACCACAGCAGAACUCGCCAGUGGUACCUCAGCCGAACUGACCAGUGGUACCACAGUCGAACUGACCAGUGGUACCAUAGCAGAACUCACCAGUGGUAUCAUAGCGGAACUGACCAGUGGUACCACAGCCGAACUGACCAGUGGUACCACAGCAGAGCUCACCAGUGGUACCACAGCCGAACUGACCAGUGGUAUCAUAGCGGAACCGACCAGCCAGACACUUGUAGAUCGGGCCAGCAGUACCACAGCAGAACCGACCUGCGGAACCACAGCGGAACCAACCAGCGGUUCCACGUCGGAACUGACCAGCCCGCCACUGGGAGACCCGAGCUGCGGAACAGCAGCAGAACCGACCAGCCACCCACCUGGGGGCCAGUGCAAUGCAGCCCCCGUGGAUCCCCAGGGGGUCAAGGUGCUCAGUUACCCCCAGUACUGUCGCUUCCGCUCCCUGCAGCGGCGGCUCCAGGACCGACCGGGGGUCCUGGGCGGGGCCGACCCCCGCCUGCUGGCGCUGGGCGGCCUGCGAGUGGCGCUGUCCAACACCCGGGUGAUGUUCUGCCGCGAGACCUUCACCCACCCCAGCCUGGACGCCAGCUCCGCCCUCUGGCCCCACUUCAGGUGCCCCUCUCUGAGUUUACGGGGUCGACCGCGCAAGAAGAAACAGAGGGAUGUCAAGGAAUCACCCACACUCACCCGCAGCCAAUCAGAAUCCUGGAUAGACAAAAUGAAGGAGAACAUGAUGGGCAGCGCGGACACAAGCCCAGAGAGGGCCUGGCUCCCUCACCCCGAGGAGCAGCUGUUCCUGGAUCAGCUCUUUGUCUUCAUGGAGCGCUUCGGCCGCCCCAUUAACAAGGUGCCCAACCUGGGCUUCAAAAAGAUUGAUCUGUUCCGCAUGUACUCGGUUGUCCAGGGAAUGGGAGGCUACGAAAAGGUGACGUCAGAGCGCCUGUGGAAGGUGGUGUACAAUGACCUGGGCGGUUGUCCUGGCAGCACCAGCGCGGCCACCUGCACCAGGAGACACUAUGAGAGACUCAUGCUGGGCUAUGAGGAGCACGUCCGGGCAGGGGGCGCAGGACUCAAACUCCCAGAAUCCCCCGCUCCGACAAAGUUCAAGGCCGUCAGAGGGAAGAAGGCCCAGCCGAGGGGCCGGAAGCCCGGGGCCAAAGCGAAGCAGAGUGCCUACCAACCCGCCAAAGCCCCUGCUGUGAACCCCGACGGGACGGCGGUGGUGAAGCGGGGUCGCGGCCGCCCCCCCGGCAGACGCAACAAGGCCACCCUCCUGGCCCAGGCCAAGCUCCUGGCCCAGCAGCAGGCCAAGGCCAAGGCCGCGGUCCCCCCCGUCCAGAGCCCCCCCCCCAAGCCGGCCCUGCAGGUCCACACCACCCACUUGCCCCUCACCCCGGACCUCUCCCCUCUGACGGCCCCCCUGCUCCCCUUCCUCACCAAACCCGGGCCUCAGGGGAACCAGUGGGCCGCGGAACCCCCGGGGGGGGCGACCGUCACCCCCCUCUCCGCCGGGAGCCUCCUCUCCGGGCCCCCGGGCCAGCCCCUGAUCCUGGGGACCUUCAGCCCCUCGAAGGGCGUCUGUCCCCUGGACACGUUCCGGACCCGGCUCAGCCUGCAUCACGGGGCGGAGGACCCCGCCCUCCACAAGCCCCUCCCCCAAUCGCUGCAGUCGGGGGCGGAGCCCUGCCCCGCGCACAACCACCACCACAACCACCAGCCGUGCGCGGGCUGCGUGGCCGACGGGGCAGCCCAGAAGGGGGCCCCCAAGGAGGGGAAGGCCCGGCCCCCUCUGCCCCCGCUGCGGGUCUUCCCCCUGGACCUGGACUGCAGCGUGCAGGUCCGCCAGCUGAUGAGGACGCCCCUGGGAGCGGUCCAGCUGCAUUCGUUCACCCGCCGACUCUCCGAGGUGCUGGCCCAGGACCUGAGGGCCAAGCCCCUCCCCCACCCCUGCUCGCCCAUCACGCCCCCGCCGGAGCAGGCCCAGCCCCUCAACCUCAGCCAGCGGGCCCCCGGCAAGAGGCCCGCCGCUCUGUCCCUGGAGCAGACCCCGGCCAAGCGGCCCGCGCCGGGCGACCCGCUGGCCGGGGCCGACGGGGAGGAGCUGGGCCCCGACGGGAGGCCCCUCCCCUCCGGGCCCCCGGAGCCGGGCCCCCAGGAGGAGCCGGCCGACCUCAGCUCACCGAGCCGGAUCCGGGCCUUCCUGAUGGGCCUGCCGCCCUUCAGCGUCAACCUGGACGACGACCUGGAGGACGCCGGCUCGGCGACGUCACUUCCUGUCCCGCCUCCCGGCGAGGAGGAGGAGGAGGAGGAGGAGGAGGAGCCGAUGGAGGGGGUCGACAGCAACGGGGGCCCCCAGCGGCCGACCGGGGAAGACGAGGGCCCCGACGUGGGGUCGGAGGUCGCUGACGUCCCCCCCCCCCUGCUGGUGGGAGACGACGAGGCGGGGGAGGGGAGGGAGGGAGAGAACUCUGUGAGCCUCUCGCCUGACCGGGACGGGAGCAGGGUCGGACAGGAAGUGGCCGAGGACCAAGAGGAAGUGAGGUGUGAGGAUUUCCCCGCUCAGGGUCUGGCCAGGACACUGCUCCCCGCGGUGGUGACUCAGAAGAGCUGAUGGAGCCGGGCGUCCCACCGCUGGGGUGACCUGGCGCACCGUGACUCUGCUGGGCUUGGACCUACGUGCCGGGCCGGGCCGCCCCUUUUACUGUGUCAAAACCGGAUUAUACCGGGAACAACCGGGCCCUGAGGACCUGGCGCCCAGACCGACUCUUGCUCUUUGUUUUUGGAGGCGAGAUGAUCCCCCAACGCCGGCUCAUGGUUUCAUUUGCUGGAUUAUUAUUUUUUUGUCCUUCAUCUUGUUUAUUCUGAAAGUAUCUUCCUUCUCUAACCCCCCCCAUCCUCCUCUUCCCCCUGCAAGGACACUUCUAAAUACUGUUUCAAUAUUAUGUAGAUCAUGAGACCAUCAGAGAAUAUAUAUAUAUAUAUAAAUAUAUAUCACUUUGUUAGCUUAUUUGAAUUAUCGUUCCUCUACUUUUGUAGAGAUGAGCUGUUAUUUUCUAACCAAUAGUGUUCAAAAAUGUACAAAUAUUACGCGGGGCUGUACGGCUCUGAUAAACAAUGUAGUGGCAACGUCCGGUUGCAACCAAGAGGUGCAAUACAAUAGCCGACCCUUGGUCUUACACACUCGUGCCUUAAAUCGGGUUGUUCUGGUCCUGUUUCCUGUGAUGUGUUGACUUGUGUUCACGCUAAAGGGAUACCUGUACCUCGGGCUCCUUUCUGUUUCAGUCUCCUUUUGCAUGACACCUGUCCCAUUAAAGAUAGCUUCAUGAUUGAGCGGCUGUUACGCAUCUCCUUCCCGAGUUCACCGCCGGUAUCAGGAAGAAGGGGGAGAGGAAGAGACGAUGAGCAUUCCUGGAAAAUGCUAGCCUAUAACCGUUAUCGUCAUCCGUUUCUGCCCAGCGGCUCUCGUCACUGCAAAGAGUGCCAUCGAGAGAGAGAGAGAGAUAUUGUGUCUUAUGAGCAGUUGGAGUGUGAAAUACUCUCACGUCCGUUCCGGCUGUUUCGUUUGCCCAGUAUAUGACUAGUAGCGGGUAGUUUAAAAACAGCUUUCGUUAAACUAUGAGGAGUGGGUUACGCCCUGGACGCACAAUCUCAGUUCAUUGAAAAAUAUGAAAAUAACUGCCAAAGUAUAUGAGAAGCGUUUAUUUCAACAUUAAUUACUUCUUGACAGGUUUAUGGUUUUAUUUAAUUUUUUUUAAGAGUAACCGACACUAAAAGCAAAUAUCAUGGAUGUCCCAAAACACAGGUUAUUUUCUGAGGCUCAAACGAACCAUCCGAUCGUUUGUUGUUUUUAUUUGUGUUCAGCUCUGCAACUGAAAUGCUAUUGGUGUGUGAGUCCAGGUAGUUGGUAAUGAUGGAGGCAUUGGUCUCUAUGGUCGGGAAGAUGGAGGUCGAGCUGUAAGCUUUGUUUUGGAGACCGCCUCACUGUGUCUUUCAUUGUGUCGCUCUCAAACAUCGGAUCCAUUUGCACAUCUACUGUACCCAUUGCCUCAUGUAACGUCUCACUGUAUUUAUAUCAACACACCUUUUUCAUUUGCCAACUUGUUUUUGUAUGCCCACCUAUUUACUCGACUAUAAAACCAUACAAUGACACAAGGCUGACCUUAUGCUGUUAUUUGUCUGUUUAAAUAUUUUAUUUUUUAUUGUUGUAUUAUUUUAAUUAAACCGGAUGCCCAUUCUGCAUCAGCUUGAUUCUAGAACUCUGCCGGUGAUUUGAGAAGUCUUGGAGUCCAAAUGCAUGGGUGUUUUGGGCUUAUUUUUCAAGAUGAGAAACCACUGUUAUUACAUUCAAAAGUAUACGAGAUUAUCUUAAACCACUGGCAGAUCUUUAGUCACAAGAAAAUAAGAAAAUCUAAGAUUUAGCUGAAUUAAAGAAAUAUUGAAAUAUAUCUUGAACUGUGUUUAUUUCCUUCUGAGUGGAUUAGGCCUAUUUAGUUUUGAAUUGGGUGGAUAGUCCUUUUGAGUUGCACAUAAUGACUUUGAAGGGGAUAUAAAUAAAUCCAUACAAAAAUGUAUAUCGAGCCUACAUAAAUAUAUAUAUUCAGGCUCAAUAGUAAGGUUUGGACUCGAUUGGUAAUCGACAGGUGGAACAAAAUGUGUAAAAUGGCAUCGCCUAUUCUUCACAAUUUGUCUCAUGUAAUUUGCAAAUAAACCCGAGGGCUUUAUCUUUCUGUUUUGCAGUUAAUCCUAGAACAAUAGACGAAAAGGGUCAAUACAAAUUAGCCUCCAUUCUUUAUAAUCCUUUACAAAUAUAAAGAUUUUGUGAAGGCAAUGUCGAGGACAGCUGCCAGAUUAAGGUUUCUAGACCUUCAACAUUAAUGUCGAGUUUAAGCCUGUGGUUUAAUCACUGCGCAACCCCGUUGUAAUAGGUUCCGCAUGCAGUAGAGUGAAUGCGGAACCACGAUUUACAGCGGUACUAGGGCGACAUCUAGAAGCGAUAUCGGGGAACUGUAACAUGUAGGCUACAAUUCACAUAUCUUGUGUAGUAUACUGUUUUUCAUCCUGAGGUACGCAAGAGUACUGCAGGUGGUAUGUGGGAUUUUUGUUCUUGUAAUUGGCACAUUUGCAAUAAAAUAAACGAAUAUGGAUAAGUGAAAAUAAAUGUUAUAAAUAUUGUUCAAUCAAUAGGCCUAUAUCAUGGCUUGCUAU